UGGUGAGAUCAAUUAUUCAUGUCAAUUAAAUUUUUUUAAGUCUAAUUUAUGCCUGCAGUGCUGCCUGAAGGGCAUUUUGGUAGUAAGAAGGUCUGUUUGGUGAGCUGUGUUCCUAUUUUUUAACAGCUCUCCAUCACAUGGCUUCAUAAAUCUCACCAGCAUCUCUUUUUCUGUCUCUCUCUCUCUCUCUCUCUCUCUCUCUCCCAGUGUAUUUUUUUCAUAGGAGAGAUGUGGGAUUAUUCUGAGAAAUCAUGAAUUCCCAAAGCAUUAGCCUCCAUUUAUGGUGGACAAUUCUUUCUCUCGUUCUUUUACUUCUUAUUGUCCAAUCUUUUGGGCUCAACACAGAUGGGAUUCUCUUGCUUUCUUUCAAGUUCGCUAUUCUCAGUGACCCUCUACGUGUUCUUCAGACAUGGAACUACUUCGAUGAGACUCCAUGUUCCUGGAAUGGAGUUACCUGUGGAGCUUCCUCUCGUGCCACUGGCUUGUCUCUCCCAAAUUCUCAGCUUCUUGGUUCAAUCCCUUCUGAUCUUUUUAUGAUCCAAAACCUCCAAAAUCUUGAUCUUUCCAACAAUUCUCUUAAUGGGUCUUUGCCUCUUUCUCUUUCCAACGCUUCCCAACUUCGGUUUCUUGAUUUGUCUAAUAAUUUGUUCUCUGGCGAGUUGCCGGAGUCUAUAGGAUCCUUACAGAAUCUUGAGUUUCUUAACUUGUCUGAUAAUGCCUUGGCGGGAACUUUACCCUCCAGUCUCCCUACCCUCCAUAAUCUAACUGUUGUUUCUUUGAAAAACAAUUACUUCUUUGGUGGUCUGCCCAGUGGAUUUGGAGCAGUUCAGGUUGUAGAUCUUUCUUCGAAUCUCAUCAAUGGAUCUUUGCCUCAAGGUUUUGGUGGUACCAGUCUUCAGUACUUGAAUAUCUCUUAUAACAAGCUCUCUGGGCCAAUUCCGCCAGAAUUCGCUUCACAAAUCCCUGGUAAUGCCACUGUCGAUCUCUCGUUCAAUAAUCUAUCUGGGGAAAUUCCAGAUUCUACUGUUUUCUUGAAUCAGAAAGCAAGUUCCUUUACUGGGAAUCUUGAUCUCUGCGGCGAGCCAUCAAGAAACCCAUGUCCAAUUCCUUCUUCGCCAUCCUCUCUUCCAAAUGUAUCUUCCCCUACUUCUCCUCCAGCAUUCGCUGCAAUUCCAAAAACAACAACCUCUAUCCCAGCGACCACCCCACCAGGUUCAGCAACUGGGUCUGGAGGACUUCGGCGAGGAACCAUCAUUGGGAUCAUAGUUGGGGACAUUGCAGGGGCUGCAAUUCUUGGCAUGAUUUUCUUCUAUGUCUACCACUUAAAGAAAAGGAAAAACGUAGAGAAAACUCUCAAGAAAGAGGCCAAUACUGCAAAGGAGGAGACUUGGUCAUCUUCCUCCUCAGAAUCAAGAGGGUUCAAGAGAUGGUCAUGUUUACGCAAGAGAGAUAACGAAGAAGCAACCGAUUCCACAACUUCUGACGAUGACGACGACCCCAGAAGUGUCGAAAAUCAACGGCCACAAGAGCAGGAACAAAACAAAGGAGGCACAUUAGUAACGGUUGACGGCGAAAAACAGCUCGAGAUUGAAACUUUACUCAAAGCAUCAGCUUAUAUUCUAGGAGCAACUGGCUCCAGCAUAAUGUACAAGGCCGUUCUCGAAGAUGGGUCUGCACUGGCGGUUCGUAGAAUAGGUGAGAGCCACGUAGAGCGGUUCAGGGACUUCGAGACCCAGGUCCGUGUCAUAGCCAAGCUGGUGCACCCAAAUCUGGUUCGAAUUCGUGGCUUCUACUGGGGGGUCGAUGAGAAGCUCAUUAUCUAUGAUUUUGUCCCCAAUGGCAGCCUCGCCAAUGCUCGUUACAGGAAAGUGGGCUCUUCCCCUUGCCACCUCCCGUGGGAGGCCCGGCUCAGGAUUGCUAAAGGGGUGGCCCGUGGGCUAUCGUUCCUCCACGACAAGAAGCACGUGCAUGGAAACUUAAAGCCCAGUAAUAUACUUUUGGGUUCCGAUAUGGAGCCCAGGGUUGGAGAUUUUGGACUUGAAAGGCUUGUGACCGGCGAUUCGAGCUAUAAAUCCAGCGGAUCAACCCGAAACUUUGGAAGCAAACGGUCUACAGCCUCGCGAGACAGCUUCCAAGAUUUCUCAAUUGGGCCGAGUCCAAGCCCAAGUCCUAGUUCGAUAGGAGGUUUAUCGCCUUAUCAUGCUCCAGAGAUGCUGAGAAGUCUAAAACCCAACCCGAAGUGGGAUGUAUAUUCGUUUGGGGUUAUAUUACUAGAGCUACUAACAGGGAAAGUUAUAGUUGUGGAUGAGUUGAGCCAAGGAUACAAUGGGCUAGCAGUUGAGGAUAAAAAUCGGGCUAUACGAAUGGCUGAUGUGGCUAUUCGAGCUGACCUGGAAGGGAAAGAGGAAACCUUGCUAAGUUGCUUCAAGUUAGGGUACAGUUGUGCUUCUCCGGUGCCACAAAAGAGGCCAACAAUGAAAGAGGUGGCACAAGUGCUAGAGAAAAUCCCAUGUUCAUCAUCCUCAUCAUACUUGUAUGGUCACUAAUGAGUAAUAAUAAUUGUAGAGAGAGAUGUAUGUAUCAUUUUGACUUUGUUAUAGGUUGUUAUUUGUGAUUUGUUGUGUGAUAAUUUUUGUGACUAAUCUUUCACCUUGCUA